UUCAUGUCUCCAAAACAGUCUUUUUUCAAUAUCUUAACCAAAACACAUCAAAACUUUUCACAAAUUCACAGAUUUGUCUUCUGGCAGUAAGAAAAAAUGACCAAAAGCACAGAUAUUUAUAAAUAUAUAAAGUAGCUGUGUUACAAUUAGGGGUUGGCGAUAAACCAGUAGAUAUGAUAAACCGGUAGAAAUUUGUCAUCCAGUAGAGAUUUUGGACUAUCGUCUCUAUCGAGGUUAUUUGCCCACGUCAUUGCAGUGUGCGUGGUCACGAAAACGUAGCGUUUGUACAUGCAUUUAAGUGAUUUUAAGCCAUUGCGCAAAAUUCCCAUCCUCAUAAACACGAUCAUUAAGGUCUUAAGAGAAAGUAAACCAAUUAAAGAGAAAACGUAUGUGUAAUAUUUCACUUCAAUAGCAGUCUACGGGACCGUGACAAGCCUUCCGGUUUUCAUAAAAAAUAUCUAAAAAUGUGCAAUCAGAGGACUUAUGGGUUUGGAACGACAUGGGUAUAAGUGAUUUAUGAUAAAAUUUUAAUUUCGGAAUGAACUAUUCUUUCAAGUAUAGACCCAUCAGUAAAUCUAGCAUUUGAAUGUGUUGUGGUUCCUUUGCAGGUUUUUGCAGAUGUUGAUGACAGACAUGAUGGUCUGGAUGCACCUGACAGGUCCUUGCAGCAACAAGUUUGUAAGGAAUCAAUUCUACCUCAUACUACAAGCAUUCAACAUGAUGAAGUGGAAGUCGAUGUGCAGAUGCUUUCCUGUGAAGAACAGACAACAUCUGACUACCAAGAAGAGUCGAGUGAUCAUGGCAGUAAGGACAUGCAACAUGGCAAAGACAUUAGAGAGAAUGAAAUUAUGGGGAAAACACCCAUAAAUGGAAGCCACGUUCCUCCUUUAUGGACAAUGUCAGAAUACAGUGAGAAAGCACUUCAGGAGCAAAAAAGAAAAGAGCAUGAGUUGCUCAUUCUAGCAAUAAAUUAAAACAUGAUUUGACUGAUGAAGCACUAGGGGACAUACUUAAAGUCAUCAAUGCUGUAACUGGUAAACAGUCAGUUUCAACUACUAAAUAUAAUUUUUACAAAAACAUGAAUGAUUAUAAGGACUAUAUUCUUAUCAAGCAUUUCUGUUCAGAUUGUUCUAUGUUCAUGGAAACAAAAGAUGAAAGUGUAAGUUGCAAAAUUUGUGGCAAACAGGUUGAAGCAAAGGAGCAUAUAAAAUCAGGAAACUUUUUCAUUGUUCUCCCUUUAGAAGUGCAACUACGAAACAUUAUUGCACAACAUUCGUUUUCGCAGUUGACAUUCAAUAACAAGGAUAAAUUAAAUGCUCACUUUGGUGAUGUAUGUGAUGGUGUGCUCUACCAAAAGACUUUAAAAACCUUCACACCUCUUAAUGAUUGCCCCAACUUUUCAAUCACUUUUAGCUGUGAUGGUGUUCCUUUAUUUAAAUCCUCUUCGCAGUCUAUAUGGCCAGUUUUAUGCACUUUAAAUGAACUACCCCCCAAUCUGAGAUCUGACCAUAUUAUGUUGACAGCAUUGUGGUUUGGAGCUAAGAAGCCCCAUAUGAACAUCUUUCUUGAGCCAUUUGUGAAAGAGUGCAUUGAUAUCCAUGACCGUGGCUUUGACUGGGUUACAUCUGAUGGUAUACAUGGUACUAGCAAAGUAUAUGCUUUAAUACUUGUAAGUGAUUCUGUUGCCCGUCCACUCCUUCAGAACUUCAAGCAGUUCAAUGGCGAAUUUGGAUGUUCCUUUUGUCUUCAGAAGGGAACACUUGUAGAACGUGGUCAGGGAAAGGCCAGGGUUUACCCAUUUGAGGCAAACAUGGAACUUAGAAGUCAACGGCAGACUUUGGAGCUAGUUACAAGGGCUGUUGAGACGGGCACACCUUCAGCAGGUGUGAAAGGACCUUCGGUGUUGUCCCUUUUACCUGGAUUUGAUAUAAUUGAGGGAUGUGUCCCUGACUAUAUGCACAGUGUCCUCCUUGGAGUUACAAGAUCUAUUACAUCACUAUGGUGUAACUCUGAAAACCAUCAAUCUCCUUGGUACAUAGGCAGGUCCAUAUCGCAAAUUGACCAACUACUGGUGAAUAUAAAACCCCCAAGUAAUGUCUCCAGAACACCUCGAUCCUUAAAAGAAAGAUGUUACUGGAAAGCCCAUGAAUGGCUCAUGUGGCUACUUUACUAUAGUAUUUCUGUUCUCAAGGGAAUUCUACCUGACAAGUACCUGAAUCAUUGGAUCAAACUUGCAAGUGGGAUAGCUUUGCUGCUUUCCACAUCCAUUACAUCUCAGCAACUUUUAGAAGCACAGGACCUUCUUCUUCAGUUCGUGUCUGAGAUGGAGCACCUUUAUGGUGUAAGCAAUGUCACCUACAAUGUUCACCUCUGCCUCCAUCUCUCAAAAAGUGUCCAGAAUUGGGGGCCAUUAUGGGCCCACUCUGCCUUUCAAUUUGAGGCCUAUAACAUGGAGUUAAUAGCUAUGGUCAAAAGCACACAGGCUGUGCCCAUACAAAUUUGCAAAGUUUUCUGGAUGAAAAAAGCCCUUCCACUGUAUGUCAGUCAAACACUGAAAAAUCCCUCCUCAGAGUGUAGUGCUGUUAUUGAUCAUUUAUUGAGUGGAAAACAGAAGCGAAAGCAUGCAGUGAGGUGUUUGGGAGUUACAGCUUUUGGACCACCCAAGAGAAAAAUGAUGGCACAUGACGAUUACAUUGCUUUGCAUAGUGUUGUUGAUCGAGUAGAGAAGCAACCUGUAGACUACUAUGAUAGAGUGUUUGUCAAUGGUGUGAUUAUUCACUCUCAGGCAUACCACCGUUCAAAGAAGAGGAAUUCAAGUGUAGUCCGUAUAAAACCUGACAACACAUUCUUCUCUGUUAAAACAUUCAUUGUGGCAGAUGUAGGAAAUGGCAGUUCUUGUUAUGCCAUUGGUCGCUUUUUUGAGGAGGGGAAGCACAGCUUUUCUGCUAGUGUUCAAAAUCCUUCACACUUUCAUCCAGUCAAGAAGGUGCUAUGUCAUCUAACUGCUAUACAUGCCUCAGCAAUCGAACACAAAUGUUUGUUCAUACCUUUGGAAAAGCACAAAUGUGAUUACAUCAUGACUUUUCUUAAUUACUACGAAGUCACUGUUUAACUCUUUCACGUCUGACAUCAGUGGUUUUAUUUUUGCAGUUCUGCCAAGCUUUGCUAAAAGCACCAAACUUUUUUCUUCAAUUGCAAGUGGAGAACUGGGGUUUAGAUAGAAGCAUCAAUGUACUCAAGAGCAACAUGUUUAAAUGAUAUGAGGGGUCAUGAGAUGUUUUUUUGUAUUUGGAGACAUAUUCUGUAUGCAGCUAUAUAUAUGUAUGUAUGUAUGUAUUUUCUUACAAGGAGAGGUAAUUAAA